UUGUAUCAUCUUGAAAUGAGCUUUUUUGAAAUAUACAAUGAGAAAAUUCAUGAUUUACUUGUCUUCAAAGCUGAAAGUGGACAGAAGAAACAACCGCUUCGUGUAAGAGAACAUCCAGUGUUAGGACCAUACGUGGAAGGCCUGACAGUGAACGUUGUGAAUUCUUACUCUGAUAUUCAGAGUUGGCUUGAACUAGGAAAUAAGCAGAGAGCAACAGCUGCUACAGUAAUGAAUGAUAAGAGCUCUAGGUCUCAUUCUGUCUUCACCCUUGUCAUGACACAAACAAAGGUAGAAUUUGUGGAUGAAGAACAAUGUGAUCGAAGCCUUACCAGUCACAUAAAUCUAAUUGAUCUAGCUGGCAGUGAAUGCUGCUCAAGAGCUCAGACUACUGGAGAAAGGCUGAAGGAGGGUGCAAGUAUCAAUAAAUCACUGUUAACUCUUGGAAAAGUUAUUUCUGCACUCUCUAAACAAUAUCGAAAUGGAAAGAAAACUUUCAUUCCUUACCGGGAGUCUGUCCUUACUUGGUUGUUAAAGGACAGUCUUGGUGGAAAUUCACAAACAGCUAUGAUUGCCACAGUGAGCCCAGCUGCAAGCAGUACAGAAGAAACACUCAGCACUCUUCGAUAUGCAAAACAAGCUUGUUCAAUUAUCAACACUGCUAAAGUAAAUGAAGAUGUGAAUACCAAACUAAUCAGAGAAUUGAAAGCUGAAAUUGAAAAACUGAAGGCAGCUCAGAAGAGUGCCCAGGACACUGAUCCUGAAAAAUGCAGACAUUAUUUGCAGGAAAUAGCAUCUCUGAGGAUGAAAUUGCACCAUCAGGAGAGGGACGUGGCAGAAAUGCAAAGGGCCUGGAAAGAAAAAUUUGAACAAGCAGAAAAAAGGAAAUUACAAGAUAUAAAAGAAUUGCAGAAAGCAGGAAUUGCAUUCAAAAUGGACAAUCGUUUACCAAACCUUGUGAAUCUCAAUGAAGAUCCCCAGCUUUCUGAGGUGCUGUUGUAUAUGAUCAAAGAAGGAGAAACUACAGUUGGAAGAUACACACCAAAUUCCAAACAUGACAUCCAGCUUUCUGGAGUGCUAAUUGCUGAUGACCAUUGUGUUAUAAAAAAUACUGUUGGUCAAGUGAGUAUUAUUCCAGUGAGAGAAGCAAAAACAUAUGUAAAUGGGAAAUGCAUUUCAGACCCAACAGUUCUGCAUCAUGGUGAUCGAGUAAUCCUUGGGGGUGACCAUUAUUUCAGGUUUAAUCAUCCAGUAGAAGUUCAGAAAGUUAAAAAGUCAUCUUGUGGGACUAUGUUUUUGCAUGAUCGUCCAAAAGAUUUUGAAUUUGCAAAGGAUGAGCUGCUUAUUGCGCAGAGAACACAGCUUGAAUCAGAAAUUGCAGAGGCACGACUCAAAGCCAAGGAAGAAAUGAUGCAAAGUGUCCAAAUUGCAAAAGAGAUGGUUCAGCAGGAACUGAGCUCACAAAAAGAAGCUUAUGAAAGGAAAAUAAAGUCACUGGAAGCAGAGGUGAGAGAAGAAUCUCGUAAGAAACACAUUCAAGAAUUGAAUAACCAAAAAGCUGCAACAAAAAUACAGGAAUUGAAGAAGGAAAAGCAAAAUCUUGAGCUAGAACUACAUUUCAGUAAGAAGCGUUUAGAAAUGGAGACCUUGGCUACCAAGCAGGCUCUAGAAGAUCACACAAUUCGUCAUGCAAAGAUACUUGAAGCUCUGGAAGCUGAGAAGCAGAAGAUUGCUGAGGAAAUACACACUCUUCAGAAGAAUCGUGGAAAUGGGAAUAAAACUAUGCCUAUUCCACCUAACUGGAGUUCUCUGAAGCUAUCUGUGAUGAUCAAAGAGGCCAACACCAUUAGUAAUGAAUUAGGUAAAAACACCGUUUUCUACAGGCACGACAAAAGUGAUGAUCAAACGGGAGCAGUGCAGGUUCAUAACAUCAAACUGGGAAUAACAACUUUCUGGAGCCUAGAGAAAUUUCAAUGCAAACUGGAAGCAAUGAAAGAAGUCUACAAGAGUAAUGGUAGCAAUGAAGCUGCUGAUAUAUUUUAUGACCCUUCUGAUGAGUGGGAACCUUACCUUUCAGACGCCUCAGUCUCCUCUCUUUCCAGAAGAAGAAGCAGAAGUUUAAUGAAGAACAAGAGAGUUUCUGGAUGUUUGUCUGAGAUAAAAUUGCAACCAGUUAGCAAUAUACAGACUCCUUAUAUAUCAGGUUCCCAGAGUAAGUCCAGCAUAUGCCCAAAUUUUCCUGAGUCAUUUAUUCUUGGAAUUUGCAAAGAAUCCUUAAGUUCAGCUGUAGAUUUACUGGACCAGAAUCAUGAAGGAGGAGGGAGCAUAGCAGAUAGUCUCCUGACUAAUUUGUUUAUCAUUUUCUCUGGAGUGUCUGCUAUUUCAAAAACCUAUGAACAGCACGAUGAAGAAUGUCAAGAGAACUUUUUCUCUCUUGAUCGUGCUACUCAAUCCUACAGCAUCAGAAUUAUCUUUGCUUUUGAUCAACUUGUUGUUCUAACCAAGUUCUGGCUUAACAAUUUCCAAAAGUGCCCUGGCUCUACGAAAAUUAAUGAAGAAAUAAAACAGGAAGUAAAGAACUUGGGAGGUUAUUUACAGUUACUGUUUCAGGGAUGUUCUUCAGAUAUAUCCUCGAUGGUAACAGAAGCAUGGGACAAAGUAAACCAAACAGUGAAACGAACAAUGAAAUACAUAGGACACUUGACAGUACUUACAAGAGCUGAAAUUUCAUUUUCUGAGGAGAGCAAUGUUCCUGCAACUAGUCUACAGGACUUUGUACUUGCUUUUUGGGAUGGAGUAGACUCGGGGCUGGAGUUUCUCAUUGAUACUAUACAGGACAAAGCCAGAAUGGUGCAGAAAGAACUUGCAAAACAAUAUCCACAGAAUGAGAUUCAAAACCAACUAAAGGAUAAUGUUAUGGCGUUAGCCAGAUUCCUUGAAAAUAACAUGUCUUAUUGCAGAAAGAAAGAAAUAGAAUAUCAAUUACCAGAAGAAUCUCUAUAUCAGGAAAUCAAGAAAAGCACUAACAUUGCUGCAAAAUACUUUGAAUUGGAGCAGUGCCUAUCUGAAGUCUGUCAAAUUGUUUCUUCUAUGUUACAAGGAUCAUACAGAAACACAAGCUGUCUCAGGAGUUUUGCAGAAAACAUUUGUGUCAUAGCUGAAUAUUUUAAGAACUAUUUCACUUUAUUUGCCUUGUCAUCUUCUGCAAACAAGUCUCUCCAGAAGACACCCAAGCCUUUUAUGAACUUGAAUGAAUUGUACUCACUGGUUCAUUCCCUUAUUAUGAACUUUGAACUUGAACAAGAACAGUCAUCAGUGUUUAGAAACAUUUAG